AUGCACAGACAAGCGAGGAGAGACGAAAAUGGAGACUCGUCUCUGCUACUUCGAGUAGAGCAAGUUAAAUACAGAAAAACUGGGCCUGGAAAAUCUCCACUUGGAGAAUUUUAUAUUUACGAUGAUCGCGUUGAAUGGAUAAGUGACUCGGAUUCUUCAGAUAAAAUGGUUGUUCAUCUAUCCAAAAUUAAAGGUCAACGAAUUUCACCUCCUAAUAAGCCAAAGGUUCAACUGCAACUUUGCAUGCUUGAUGAAGACCAAGCAACUUUUGUUUUUAUGAAUUCAAAAAGCAGUCAAGAGCAACUUCUUCAGGAGCGCGAUACAGUUAAAGAACUGCUCCAACAGGCGUUGGUUCGUCAUCGUCAAAUGUUGGCUCAAAAAUCGGCCAAAAGCAGUGCAAGUAAAGAUCAAGAAGAGAAAAUCAAAAUAUUGGAGCAAAAUGCACAUUUACACCAGCUAUAUUUGUACUUGGUGAGGGAAAAACUUAUAUCCUCGCAAGAUUUCUGGUCACUUCAUUACAAUCCGGAAUCACAGCAAAGAGUAGGAAUUUCUGGUGGUUUCUUGAGUUCAAUUGUUCAAUCUGAUAGUAUUGGAGGUGGUAUUAGGCUAAAUCUCACAACAGAAACAAUUCAGUCUAUUUUCCGCACAUAUCCUGCAGUGGAACGAAAGCAUUUGGAAUUAGUACCACAUGAACUAACCGAACAAGAAUUUUGGUCUCAUUUCUUUCAAUCUCAUUAUUUCCAUCGUGAGAGAAAUCCAGCUGAACCUAGUACUUCUUCGACUCACGAUACUUUUGCGGAUUGUGUGAAGAUGGACGAGAAAAGUAUGCAGGAACUUUUGGAGAAAGGGCGAAGCAACUUAAAGCGCACUUUAGACCUAACUUCACUCAACGAGGAUCUUGGAAUUCUAUCUGACAUGCGUUCCAAUCAAAAUUCAUCACGUGGUUCUUCUGAUGCAAAACGACUUCUUGUCCGACGAUGCAAUUAUCACUCGGAACGAAUUUUAUGUACGAUGGAGGAAGAUUUGGGAAAUGCUUUUAAUUCGCAAUUAAAGAAGAAUGGUUUUGAUGGACUACAACAAGACACUUCCGAAAAUGGUGCUUUCAGUCACGAAGUUGAAAAUGCAACAAAGAAUAACUCAACCAUACAAGAACGAACCUGCGAUUUGGAACUUGAAAGUCAAGACUUGGCGGAAUUUGACAAACCAAAUGACCAGCUAUAUUGCCCAUUAUCUGCUUAUAAUCCUCUGCAAAAAGAACAUGAGAGUUGUAUACCUCCUGAUCAAAUUCAACUAACAAAGUAUUCCUUGACUAAUGCACUUGAGACGACAACCAGUAUAUUUGAAGAGAAGAAUCAAUUUACUUUCUUCGAUAACCUUGCAGUAAAUUUUAUUGAUCCUCUUUCUGCUCAUCAACCAGAGCCUGAUUCAACCACAUCUAUUAAUUUCACAGAAAGGAUUAGGAUAGUGCAUUCCGGAUUGACUGAACUGCUUCGACAUUUCUGGCAAUGCUUUCCGCCUAAAAUACCUGAAAUGAAGCAAAAGAUUUAUCGGAUGAAUGAAACAUUGACUAGAUUUGAAAAUGAACAAUUAGCAGAGUGCAAAAAACAGUACGGCUCAAAUUAUAUUCAUCAUUGUGAGGAAAUGCUUGCUUUAGCAAAACAACGAUUCGCUGCGUUCGCUGCCACUCAAAGUAUAAAUCGCGAUUAA